CGGCUCGACGCCGCGGCUCAGUCGGGCUCCCCCCGGGCCGCUGGUGGGCGUCGGGCGGCUGCUCCUCCCCGGUCCCCCUUCCCGGGCACGGGCGCGUUACUCAUUAACUGCGCGGCCCCGAGCACCCGACGGGGUGAGCCGGAGCCCGGUUACCUGGCGGCGGGCGAGCGCUGCCCGGAGCUGGGGCCCAGGAUUGCGGAGGGGGCGAAAAGAGAGUUCCCGAACAAGUCGGAAGCCCGUCGCAGCACGGGACGCCCCGAGGCGGUGGUGUGGAAUGGAGCUGUGGCUGUGGGUUAGUGAGCGACGUGCGAGGCCCGGUGCCCAGGCGUAGAGGUCACCCUCGGGAGAUUUCGGCGAAACCCGGUGGGAAAGAGCGAGCGCCCGGAGUCGCGCUUUAGGAGGCAGCUCAGUUCAGCCGGACUUUUGUUUGGGGGAGUUGAGACGAGCCGCACAAACGUAAUUGUAAUGACACCGCCCGCCCAGCGCUGACAACUCGCCCCGACCGCCCAGCGAGCUUAAUGGCUCAAGAAGUGAUGAUGCUAGGUGGAAUCCGCAGCACGUGAAGAGUUGCCAGUUGUUAUGGGAUUAAAAAAACAUUUAUCUGUAAUGGCUAAAGGGUUAUCUUAUGAUGAGGCUUUUGCUAUGGCUAAUGACCCCUUGGAAGGCUUCCAUGAAGUAAACCUUGCUUCACCUACUUCUCCAGACCUUCUUGGUGUGUAUGAAUCUGGGACUCAGGAGCAGACUACCUCACCAAGUGUAAUCUACCGGCCACAUCCUUCAGCUUUAUGCUCUACCCCUAUCCAGGCUAAUGCGUUAGAUGUUUCUGAACUUCCUACACAACCUGUGUAUUCAUCCCCCAGACAUUUAAAUUGUACGGAAAUAUCCGGUAUCAGCAUUCAUGUUACAGACCCAGCAACUUGUUCUACCUCUGGAGUCACAGCUGGGUUAACUAAAUUAACUACAAGAAAGGACAACUGUAAUGCAGAGAGGGAGUUUUUACAGGGUGCUACUGUAACAGAGGCUUGUGUUGGCAGUGAUGAUAUUUUUGGGUUGAGUACCGAUAGUCUGUCCCGUUUACGAAGCCCAUCUGUUUUGGAAGUUAGAGAAAAGGGCUAUGAACGAUUAAAAGAAGAACUCGCAAAAGCUCAGAGGGAACUGAAGUUAAAAGAUGAAGAAUGUGAGAGGCUUUCAAAAGUGCGAGAUCAACUUGGACAGGAAUUGGAAGAACUCACAGCUAGUCUAUUUGAGGAAGCUCAUAAAAUGGUGAGAGAAGCAAAUGUCAAGCAAGCAACGGCAGAAAAACAGCUAAAAGAAGCACAAGGAAAAAUUGAUGUACUUCAAGCUGAAGUAGCUGCAUUGAAGACACUUGUAUUAUCCAGUUCUCCAACAUCACCUAUGCAAGAGCCUCUGCCAGGUGGAAAGACACCUUUUAAAAAGGGGCAUACAAGAAAUAAAAGUACAAGCAGCGCUAUGAGUGGCAGUCAUCAGGACCUCAAUGUGAUACAGCCAAUUGUAAAAGACAGCAAAGAGGCUGAUUUAUCUCUGUAUAAUGAAUUCAGAUCUUGGAAGGAUGAGCCCACAAUGGACAGAACAUGUCCUUUCUUAGACAAAAUCUAUCAGGAAGAUAUCUUUCCAUGUUUAACAUUCUCAAAAAGUGAGUUGGCUUCAGCUGUUCUGGAGGCUGUGGAAAACAAUACUCUAAGCAUUGAACCAGUGGGAUUACAACCUAUUCGAUUUGUGAAAGCUUCUGCAGUUGAAUGUGGAGGACCAAAAAAAUGUGCUCUCACUGGCCAGAGUAAAUCCUGUAAACACAGAAUUAAAUUAGGGGACUCAAGCAACUAUUAUUAUAUUUCUCCUUUUUGCAGAUACAGGAUCACUUCUGUAUGUAACUUUUUUACAUACAUUCGAUAUAUUCAGCAGGGACUUGUGAAACAACAGGAUGUUGAUCAGAUGUUUUGGGAAGUUAUGCAGUUGAGGAAAGAGAUGUCAUUGGCAAAGCUGGGCUAUUUCAAAGAGGAACUCUGAUGCUCUGCGUGGGACCAUGCAUGAACCUCCCUGAAUAACUGAAAAAUAGCUGAGUAUUUUUAUGGUUACUGGAUAUUUAUUUCUAAGGAGUGGGCACAAGACUUUAUCCCUUUUGCAAAUUACUCUGAGAAGUACUAUGAUUUCUUUUAAACUGACUUAACACUGUGUUUGCUUAUUCUAUAGUUGAACACACUAUUAAGAAUUACAGGUGUACUAGUGAUUGUAAUUUAUAGUUGCAAAAGGAAACAAAAUAAAUAAAUGUUAGAUUGAA